GCGCCCGCGGUGACUGAGACUGCCAGAGGCCCCCAGCGCUGGCGGCGAGGAGCAGCCGGGCUCGGCGCGCUCCGGUCCGGGGGCCCUGGUUCCGGCGAGCAGCUCACCGCAGCACCCGGAAGGUUAAGCUGAAACCACUGCUCAGCUUCCAAGAUGUUGCCACCCAAACUGCAUGCGCUUUUCUGCCUCUGCAGCUGCCUCGCACUGGUCCAUCCUAUUGACUGGCAAGACCUAAAUCCUGUUGCCCAUAUUAGAUCAUCAGCAUGGGCCAAUGAGAUACAAGCCCUGAUGGCUGUUGCAAGCAUUGACCAAUCUAAAAUUCCCAAAGGAAAUGGGCCUUAUUCUGUCGGUUGUACAGACUUGAUGUUUGAUCAUACUGAGAAGGGCACCUUCUUGCGUUUGUAUUAUCCUUCCCAAGAGGAUGACCACCACUCUGACACCCUUUGGAUCCCAAACAAAGAAUAUUUUUUUGGUCUUAGUAAAUACCUUGGAACACACUGGCUUAUGGGCAAAAUAUUGAGCUUAUUUUUUGGUUCAAUGACAACUCCCGCAGACUGGAAUUCCCCUCUGAGGACUGGUGAAAAAUAUCCACUAAUUGUUUUUUCUCAUGGUCUUGGAGCAUUCCGGACAAUUUAUUCUGCUAUUGGCAUUGAUCUGGCAUCGCAUGGGUUCAUAGUUGCUGCUGUAGAACACAGAGAUGGAUCCGCCUCUGCGACUUACUAUUUCAAAGACCAGUCUGCUGCAGAAAUAGGGAACAAAUCUUGGCUCUAUCUUCAAAGCCUCAAAUCAGAGGAGGAGAUGCCCUUACGAAAUGAACAGGUACAGAAAAGAGCAAAGGAGUGUUCCCAAGCUCUCGAUUUGAUUCUGGACAUUGAUCGUGGAAGGCCAGUGAAGAAUGUAUUGGAUUUAGAGUUUGAGGUGGAGCAACUGAAGGACUCUAUCGACAGGAAUAAAAUAGCAGUAAUUGGACACUCUUUUGGUGGAGCCACAGUGAUUCAGACUCUUAGUGAAGACCAGAGAUUCAGGUGCGGGAUUGCCCUGGAUGCUUGGAUGCUUCCACUGGAUGAUGAGAUAUAUUCCAGAAUUCCUCAGCCCCUCUUUUUUAUCAACUCAGAACGGUUCCAGUAUCCUGCUAAUAUCGAAAAAAUGGAAAAAUGCUACUCACCUGGCAAAGAAAGAAAAAUGAUUACAAUCAGGGGUUCAGUCCAUCAGAAUUUUGCUGAUUUCACUUUUGCAACUGGCAAAAUAGUUGGAUACAUAUUCACCUUAAAAGGAGAUAUAGAUUCAAAUGUAGCACUUGAUCUUAGCAACAGAGCUUCAUUAGCAUUUUUACAAAAGCAUUUAGGACUGCAGAAAGAUUUUGAUCAGUGGGAUUCUUUGAUUGAAGGAGAAGAUGAUAAUCUUAUUCCAGGGACUAACAUUAACACAACCAGCCAACAUGUCACUCUACAGAACUCUACAGGAAAAGAGCAAUAGAAUUUAGAUUAAAAGCACUUUUUUAAAAGUCUUGUUUAAAAAUGGUCUGAAAGUAUGUGUGUGUGUAUGAUUUUAAUGUAUUUUCUCAAAUAAAUCAUAUUGUAAAAUGUAGACUAUACCAUAAAAGUGAUUGAAGCUUGGACUAGGAUUUUUUUCUUUAAAUGUAAGAAAGACAGAUGUAUAUCAAAACCAUGCCAGCCUAAAUUUUGAUUUUAGUAAAAUGAUGCUUUUUUAGUGUCAAAAUAACGACUUUUACAUUACUUUAGUGACAAGUGUAUCAAAAUGGGCACAAUGCUAAUGAAAACGUUGCAAUGACAUAAUCCUCCUUAAAAA